ACUUUAGGCCCUGCCCAGAGUCCAGGAGUCCAGAGAGCCUGGGAGACAAGCGGGAGUGGGAGCCUGAGUUGGAGAGAGAGAGAAGAAGCCUACUGCAGCCAGGUGAGGACAAGCAGGAGCUCUUGGGUGUGCCCUCAGAAGUCUGCUAUCAGUUCUCACCGAGCCAACUCUGAGAAUGGGGAUAUCCACCCGGGAGCUGUUUCUCAACUUCACUAUUGUCCUGAUCACCGUUAUUCUUAUGUGGCUCCUUGUGAGGUCCUAUCAGUACUGAGAAGCCAUGUCAUGCUCCUGGGAUUGACUGCAACCCUCCAGAGCUGCUGCUCUGAGCUCCCACUGCUGUCAUGGGAUGCUUUUCUCAGCACCCCAGGGCAUUUCUGACCCACACUCACAAUAUCUGAGGUGCCUCCAGUGUUAGGAUUGAUUGUGUGUACUCUAAAGAUGCUGCUUGCAAGCGCUGCCAAGUAUUUGCCAGUGAGCAUUAGAUUUAUUCCUCAACUCUUACUGCAAAUGUGUUAGACAAGCCACAAGGUUAAAAUUAAAUGAUUCAUGAUGGUGUAGAAUUGUAACAAGCCCCUGAUCUGUCUUACCACACAGCCCUUCCACCCACACUGUCUGCAACCAAACGCUAAAUCAACUCACCAGAAGAAAGAAAUGUUAGAGGAAGUCAUUGUCAACCCCUGUAGCUAUCAUGUGAAUAAAGUUAAGUCAACCACAAAA